UCAAUCAAAGCUUCCAAAAGUUCAUUACUGAUGUGGAAAAGCUUAGGUUUUACUCGUGUAUAUCAUUUUCCUUCAAAUCUUUAAUAUAUACAAAAUGGACCCACAAAAUAUAAUACAGUUUUUGAUCAGAUAAAAGACGACAACUUUAUUCUUCCAUUGUUCAUAUUGUUUCAAGAUUUCAUAGACCCCUUAUUUAGUUUCUACUAUGGUUGAUAACGAGGAUUAUGGCAAGAAUUUGGGGACAUGUACACCAUCAAGAACAUUACAAUCUUCUUGUUCUCAAGAAUUUAUUCGAAUAAAGAUGCCACCAACACCACCACCACCACCACCAUAUCACAGAAAAGUAAAUUUUAAUCUUGGAGCAUCACCUGAAACCUGUUCAACUUCAUCAAGAAGCAAAGUGUCAAAGAAAAGUCUUCUACCAAAACUGGGUUUUAAGAACAGAAAUAAUACUAUUUCAGAUGUAGUAAUUCCAACAUCUUCUUCGACUUCUUUACCUCAACAAGAGAAGUCUUCUAUUGCAAGAUCAUGGUCGCUUACAAAAAUGUUUACACCUUUUGUAAAGAUGAGUACCCCACAUUCAGACCAUGUGUCUAAUGUAUUGAGAAGAGCAGGUGGAUCGCUUAAUUUGCAGAUGAAAGUCCAUGAACAUAUACCUCGAUCACAAUCUGUCCCCAUAUUCGAUGAAACGACACGUUUGAAGAGAAUGGAUUCGUUUUUUCGAGUGAUUCCAUCAAAUCCACGGGUGAAAGAUGUUGAUUCCACAACACCAACUCCUAAUCCCGCUGAUAAUCCUGAUGAUGGUGAUGAUAUAGCCGAAGAAGAAGCGGUUUGCAGGAUAUGUUUUGUAGAAUUAUGUGAAGGUGGUGAAACCCUAAAAAUGGAAUGUAGUUGCAAAGGCGAACUCGCAUUGGCACAUAAAGAAUGUGCUGUGAAAUGGUUUAGUAUAAAAGGUAACAAAACAUGUGACGUGUGUCAUCAAGAUGUCCAAAAUCUACCCGUUACACUUUUAAGAAUCCAUAGUACAGUUAGAAACCGAGACACGCAUGAAACUGCGUCCCAUGCACAUCACAUUGAAGUUAACGGAUACAGUGAUAUUUAUCGAGUGUGGAAAGAGAUGCCGAUUCUUGUUAUUGUUACCAUUCUUGCGUACUUUUGCUUUCUUGAGCAACUUCUGGUUGGGAAUAUGGGUACAGGUUCAAUCGCUCUAUCUCUUCCAUUUUCUUGUGUAUUAGGUCUUCUCUCAUCCAUGACUUCUUCAGCCAUGGUGGAACGAAGAUUUGUGUGGCUAUACGCGACAAUUCAGUUCGUGUUUGUGGUGAUUUUCGCACAUAUUUUUUACUCAGUGGUUCAUGUUCAACCAAUUUUAUCGAUUCUCCUUGCGACGUUUGCUGGUUGUGGGGUUGCAAUAUGUGGUAGGUCCAUUGGUGUGGAGGUCUUAAGGUUAAGACGAUGGUGGAAUAGCAGAUCAAAUCAGCAACUUGAUUCUCCGAUUGUUGAAAUCGCACCAUCAACACCAUCCUCUGAAAGUCCACCACAACCAUCGCCGGCACCACCCUCUUAUAUAGCUUCUCCGGAUGUUGUUUUGAAUGUAGAACUACCAUUUGAUGAAGCCGCAUCAUCACCUCAGCCACCACAACUAUCACAACCACCACAACCAUCACAGCCACCGCGGCCACCACAACCACCGCUACCAUUUUGGAAAGCUUCGAACUUGUAGAGGGAGCUAAGAUGCCAUUGGAUGUCUUUUAAUUUUCAUUUUCUUCAAAGAAUAGAUAUUUCACAACUUUAAGAAAAGAGAGGGUUAAAAUGUGGUGACCUCUCAGUGAUAGAUUAAUAAUGUUCAAGUAUGAUUUAUGGUUCGUGCACUAAUAUGUUCGGGUUUAUGUUCGGGUUUGCAUCGUUUGUAUGAUAUCAACUAUGUGUUUAUCAAAUAUUAAA